CCGCCGCGGAGGCCAUCACUCAGUUGACGCCAGACAUCCACCCCACAUCCUCCGUCUUCCCUAUCUACAUCGAUCUGACCAACGAGAAAUCGAUCCCGGAGGCGAAGGAAGCCGUCGCGGCGAAGCUCAGAGAGCUGGGCGUCCCGGGUCUGGACUUCCUCAUCAACAACGCGGCCAGCGCAGGAAGCCCGAUCAUCUUCGCGCUGACGGUCAACAUCGCAUCGAUCAUCGCGGUCAAGAACGCCUUCUACCCGCUGCUGAACAAGAGCGGUGAGAUCAUCAAUAU